UGUGGUCCGGUCCGGUCCGGUCCAGACUGCUGAUCCAGUCCGGGCUCUCCCUGCCUCCCUCUCUGGAUGCAGCGCUGUGAUUGGCUGCUGGCUGCUCGUCAGGAAGACAGAGCUGCUGUGUUUGAGGCCGAGGACUCAGACUGAAGACUGAAGACUGAAGACAGGACCAGGACCAGGACGGGGACAUAUAGAGACAUAUAGAGACUCUACCGGACACCGGGGACAUUCAGCUGCAGCACUAACCGGGUCUCCAGGUCUCCGGAUCUCCUGCUGUCGAGGCCGGCCCGGUUCCGAGUCUCCUCCUGCAGCCUGCUGGUAGAAGCUGCCGGCUGCUGGACCGGAUCAACAUCCCGGAUAAAGCUCCAGCUACAUGGAUCAGGUCCUCCUGGAUGUGCGCAGGAAGAAGAAGACCCGUUGUGACUGACUGACUGCAGACAACCAGCUGUGGAUGUAAAUAGAGAUAUCUAUAUAUAUAUAUAUAUAUAUAUAUAUAUGUUUAUAUAUUUAUAUAUGUGGAUUAAAGGCGUCCUAACAGCAGCAGUUUGAAGUCUCUGCAUCAUCAGUGCCAUGAAUCAGCCUGGACAACAGCUGCUACCCACAUAGAGGUCACUUUACCUCUCUUUCCAUUCGCUUCGGUCCAGAGGAUGCUGGGAAUGUGUCGUGGGCGCAGGAAGUUCCUGGCGGCCUCUCUCGCCCUGCUCUUCAUCCCGGCGCUCACCUGGCUCUACCUGUCAGUCGGGAGCUUCCAAGUGAAGCCCCUCCCCCUGUCUCCGUUGGAAGCCCAAUCGUCAACGCCGGUGGGCGGAGCCGGCGAGCGGCAGGCCUUAGAGCUGCGGGUCCGGGCGGUGGAGGAAGAGAACCGGGCGCUGCGCCGGGAGCUGAGCCGGCCACCCAGGAGCCCGUCUGCGCGCCUUCCAAACGGCGGUCGCCGUGGCAACCAGAGCCGAACCCAUUCAGAGGAGGGCACCGGCGACAACGAGGGCCAGAAAGCUGCCGCGGUGGGAAACAGCUCAGACUGUGUGCAGCAGCCGGUGGUGGAUAAGUGUGAGACCAUCCACGUGGCCAUCGUAUGUGCAGGUUACAACGCCAGUCGAGACGUGGUGACGCUGGUUAAAUCCGUCCUCUUCCACAGGCGGAACCCACUACAUUUCCAUUUCAUCACAGACUCCAUUGCUCAGCAGAUCCUGUCCUCUCUGUUCCAUACCUGGAUGGUCCCUGCCGUCAGGGUGGACUUCUACGAUGCAGACGAGUUGAAGUCUGAGGUGUCAUGGAUCCCCAACAAACAUUACUCGGGGAUCUAUGGCCUGAUGAAGCUGGUGCUGACUAAGACGCUGCCGUCCGACCUGCAGAGAGUCAUCGUCCUGGACACUGACAUCACGUUUGCCACCGACAUCGCUGAACUCUGGGCUGUCUUCCACAAGUUCAAAGGUCAGCAGGUUCUCGGUCUAGUGGAGAACCAGAGUGACUGGUACCUGGGGAACCUGUGGAAGAACCACCGACCCUGGCCGGCUCUGGGCAGAGGCUUCAACACUGGCGUGAUUUUGCUUCUCCUGGAUCGUCUGCGGAAGCUGAGAUGGGAGCAGAUGUGGAGGCUGACUGCAGAGAGAGAACUAAUGAGCAUGCUGUCCACCUCCCUGGCAGACCAGGACAUCUUCAACGCUGUGAUCAAACAGAACCCGUUCCUGGUUCACCAGCUGCCCUGCUUCUGGAACGUCCAACUGUCCGACCACACCCGCUCUGAGAAGUGCUACAAAGACGUGUCAGACCUCAAGGUGAUCCACUGGAAUUCUCCCAAGAAGCUGCGAGUGAAGAACAAGCAUGUGGAGUUUUUUCGGAAUCUCUAUCUGACCUUUCUGGAGUACGACGGCAACCUGCUGCGGCGAGAGCUGUUUGGCUGUCCCAGCGAGGCCGACCACAACAGUGAGAACCUUCAGAAGACUCUGUCAGAACUGGACGAAGACGAUCCUUGCUACGAGUUUCGACGGGAGCGAUUCACCGUCCACCGAACGCACCUCUACUUCCUCCACUAUGAGUAUGAGCCCAGCUCUGAUAACACUGACGUCACUCUAGUCGCCCAGCUCUCUAUGGACAGGCUCCAGAUGUUGGAGGCCAUUUGUAAGCACUGGGAGGGCCCCAUCAGCCUGGCCCUGUACCUGUCCGACGCCGAGGCCCAGCAGUUCCUGCGCUACGCUCAGGGCUCCGAGGUGCUGAUGAGCCGCGGGAAUGUCGGCUACCACAUCGUCUACAAAGAGGGACAGUUCUACCCGGUCAACCUGCUGCGUAAUGUGGCCAUGCGGCACGUCAACACACCUUACAUGUUCCUGUCAGACAUCGACUUCCUGCCCAUGUACGGCCUGUAUGAGUACCUCAGGAAGUCAGUGGUGCAGCUGGACAUGGCCAACGCCAAGAAAGCUCUGGUGGUUCCAGCCUUUGAGACACUGCGAUAUCGUCUGUCUUACCCAAAGUCCAAGGCUGAGCUGCUCUCUCAGCUGGACAUGGGCACACUCUUCACCUUCAGGUACCAUGUGUGGACUAAAGGCCACGCACCAACUAACUUUGCCAAAUGGCGGACAGCCACUACGCCCUACAGGGUGCAGUGGGAAGCCGACUUUGAGCCCUACGUCAUGGUGAGGAGGGACAGUCCUGAGUACGACCGCCGCUUUGUGGGCUUCGGCUGGAACAAGGUGGCUCACAUCAUGGAGCUGGAUGCUCAGGAGUAUGAGUUUGUGGUUCUGCCCAACGCCUACAUGAUCCACAUGCCUCACGCGCCCAGCUUCGACAUCACCAAGUUCCGCUCCAACAAGCAGUACCGGGUCUGCCUCAAGACCCUGAAGGAGGAGUUCCAGCAGAACAUGUCGCGGCGCUACGGAUUCGCCGCCCUAAAAUACAUGACGGCUGAGAACAACAGCUAGCCACCACUACAGACCCUCACACCCCUUGCCCUGAACUACUGACACACUCCAUGGGCUGGGGGAGGGCGGGGAGGGCACAGGAAACGGACAGCCCAUGUGAGGCCAGCGGGAUACUUUGAGACUCGAGUCCCUCAGACUUCGUUAGAACGUUUGACCCUCAGUGUGGGACUGCAAGGGUCUUAAUGUCCAUUCUUUGUCCUCUGCUGUGGAUGGAAGAGAUGUAGAAGACGACAUGAGUGACUGCUAGGCCCGAGCCCCGACUGUGUGGGCGCCCGAGCUCUGGCCCUGACAUCUGACAGACAGCAGGCAGGGAAAGCCUUGCCAUAUUUGUAAGGCCAGUGACAGAGUCGCGGGCUGUGUGUAACAUUAUGUAUGUAUGCGUGUGAGUGUGCGUACAUGCAGGUAGAUGAAAAGUGACUGUGUGUUCCUCCAGGACGGUGCUUAGCAAAACGCUUAAGGAGAGCUGAAGAUGUGAAGCAUUGUGGGCUUACAUUGUGUUUGCACGCCUUCCAAGUGCCGACAAAAAGCAGCGGCGGCGGCGGUCUGACUGACUGACAGCACACCCCGACUCAAAUGCAAAUCAUCACCAGGCGGCGAGAUAAGACAAAGCGGUAAACAUGUCCACACAGAUUUUGAAAAUCUCAUCAUGACGAGUGACACGCACUCAGAUAUUGAGGCGAGCCGCCAGCCAGCCAGCCAGCCAGCCGGCCAGC